UUCAAUUCAGUUUAUUUAUUUACUCGGUACACAUCGUGACGGUAAGUUGUAAAGUGAUUUCGUCUGCGUACUGUUUACUGUUUACAGGACAACAGUAAACACCGAGAUUUAUGACUUCCAAAGAGUGGACAUAUGACGAAUUUCUGGAAUAGUUUGUAUACAAACGCGUGAGUCAGGUGAACGUGUGAGAGUGGGAAGUUUUACACCCGGUCUUUGGCUUUGCGCUCGUCUGAACUUAAGUUUUUAGCGCCGAGCCUGCAGACGACUUCAACUGACGUGUUUAGUGUGGAAUAUGCUGACUGCUCGCUCGACAUGACUAGCUGUUGAAUUAAUUUCCCAGAUUAAAUACCGUUUCCCGAUCGAAAUUCUUGUUGGCCUAGGCAAGGAAUACUUGCUGCAAGCCACGCUCGAGGAAAAAUCAUUGUGCACCAUAGUCUAGCCUCGUCAAUGCUACCAGUUGUCCCAGAGAAUGCAUCCCCACAGGCGCCCGCCCUGCCCCCACCACCCCCGCCCCCCAUCAGGGAGGGAGAGGUGGGUGGCAAGGGGGGCCACAACCCCUCCCCGGGGAAAGGAAAACACAACGGUUCCCCGACAUCCGAAACAAGCAAACACCACUUCCAUUUGGAGUUACCGGCGGUUAUCAAGGAUCCAAAAACCGGGAAGUCUUACCAGCGCGGUCGACUGCUGGGGAAGGGCGGUUUUGCCAGAUGCUAUGAGCUCAUCGACUUGGAGACGCGACAAAUUUAUGCGGGGAAGAUCGUGCCCAAGGCCCGCAUUGCCAAGCCGAUUCAGAUGGAGAAGAUGCAGCGCGAGAUUCACGUCCACUCCCUCCUCAAACACCCCCACGUCGUGGGCUUUCACCGGCACUUUGACGACGAUGAUAACAUCUACAUCAUCUUAGAACUAUGCAGCAGAAAGUCUUUGGUCCAAAUGUUGAAGUUACGCAAGACCUUCACGGAGCCCGAGGUGCGAUACUUCAUGAAGCAGAUCAUCGAGGGGGUCCGGUACCUGCACAGCCACUGCGUGCUCCAUCGAGAUCUCAAGCUGGGCAACAUGUUCCUGACCGAUGACAUGGGGGUCAAGAUCGGCGACUUUGGGCUGGCCGCCAAGCUGGAGUUCCAGGGCGAUCGCAAAAGGACCAUGUGUGGGACUCCCAACUACAUUGCCCCAGAGGUCUUGGGCAAGAUCGGCCACAGUUUCGAAGCAGAUGUCUGGGCUCUUGGAUGCAUACUAUUCACAAUGCUCGUCGGUAAGCCCCCCUUUGAGACCACGUCCCUCAAGGAAACCUACUCUCGCAUCAAGCACAACAAGUACAUCAUUCCAGAAUACCUCUCCCCCGGAGCCAAAUCCAUCAUCACCGCUCUCCUGUCCUCCGAUCCCGACGAGCGGCCUCCUCUAGAAGCCAUCCUAGACCAUCCCUUCUUCACGGAGGGCUUCAUCCCCGAUUCCCUACCCACCAGCUCCGUAACCACCGCGCCGACGUUCCCGAUCACCAAGGUCUUGAUCAGCGACAGCUCGGGGGAGAUCGUCACCAACGACUUCUGUCGGCUGAAACGGGAGAGCACGCUGCAGCGGCGCGACAUGACGGCGCCCCUCGCCCAGCUCAAGAUGUAUUCUGGCGGAAACGUCCCCAACACAAAACCAAAGUCUCCCUCUGGUGGAGCGGGUGCCAAGCAGGCAAGCACACCAAAGCUACGGACAAAGCACACCCAUGGGUCAAGGCCCAAGACCCCGGUAACGGCAGCUCUGAAAAAUGUCAUGUCGACAGUAGCAGAGAAGAGAGUCGUAGUGAGCAAACCGUGCAGUCCCGUUGCCAUAGAGACAGUUGCCGAGAUGCUGCAAACUUGCCUAGAACACUUGCCAAAAGGUGAACGCCAGGGUAGCUCCAGAUACAAACCCCAGCCCAACGAGGUAUUAUGGGUCACUAAGUGGGUGGAUUAUUCCAACAAGUAUGGCUUCGGCUACCAGCUCUCGGACCGGACCGUCGGCGUCAUGUUCAACGACAAAUCACGGAUUUCCUUCUCUCCGGAUCGGAGUUCAGUGCAAUAUUUAUCGACGGACGACAAGGCCCAUUCGUUCAGCCUCUCCUCCGUUCCGUCGCGACUCUCAAAGAAAGUCACCCUGCUAGACUACUUCUCCACUUACAUGGACGAACACCUGAUAAAGGGGCCAUCGUCAGAUCUUGCGAGCCCUACGUCACCCAUUGGAGACUUGAAGGCUAGUGAACCCAGCGAAUACGCCAUCCGUUCUCCGUCGCCCAAGAGGAAAGGAACGGACCAAUCACAGGCUGGGGGCGGGGCCUGGUUUCAGCCGUGCCCGUACCUAGUGCAAUGGAAUCGCACCCCGAAGGCCAUCGCUAUGUAUCUCAGUAACGGAACAUUCCAGAUGAAUUUAUUUGAUGAUCACACCAAGCUGGUUCUGAACCACAACGAGAGCGAGCAUCUGAUCACCUACAUCAACGAGGAACGAGUCGCGAGCACCUACCGCCUCAUCCAAGUCACUCAUCACGGUUGCUCCACGGCCAUCGCCAAACGACUCCACCUGGCACGGGAGAGGAUGCGGGAGAUGAUGGGCGGGGCUGACGAGGCAUCGGAGGAGGAGGAGGAAGAUGAGGAGGAAAGUACCGAUUUAUAGGGGAUGGGCGUGGGG